GACUUCCGGGUGGAGGACGGACGRAGGGAGAGAGGCGACGCGUCAAGGWCUUCGACGGAGCCGGUCACGAUCAAAACCAUCCCCUCCUCCUCCGGUACCGGACCGAACAUCCAUCCCGAACUCGUAAAUGCUCCGAAUGACAGCCUCUGAGGCUGGUGAGUAAGGGGGGUUGUUUCCAAACGUUUGGACGCCCCCUGGUUUCCAYCAUGGCGGCGGAUCUCUACAGUCCGCCGUCACCGCUGGGGCAUUCCCUCCUGGGCAGUCCGCUCUGUGGAGACCUGAUAGAGGAUCUGCCCGACAUCUCUCAGUCCAUAGGGGACGACUCGCUGGGGUUUGACUUCCCGGAGUACCAGAGCCCUGAUUCUGGGUCCAGAAGCUCCAUCACGUUAGACACGUUGACCCCGGCCUCCAGUCCUCUGUCGGGGGUUUGCGGAGCAGCGUUCGGCCCAGACGAGAACUCGAGCCCCCUCAACCUCGAGUGCCGGGUGUGCUCCGACAAAGCUUCGGGCUUCCAUUACGGAGUGCACGCGUGUGAGGGCUGCAAGGGUUUCUUCAGGAGAACCCUCAGGYUAAAGCUGGACUACGUCAAGUGUGAGCGCAGCUGCAAAAUCCAAAAGAAGAACCGGAACAAGUGUCAGUUCUGCAGGUUUCAGAAGUGUCUGUCUGUGGGGAUGUCACACAACGCCAUCCGGUUCGGUCGCAUGCCUCACACAGAGAAGCUGAAGCUGAAGGAGGAAAGCAGGGUGGUGGAGACGGCGGUGGAGAGCCCCGUCAAGGCCGACCACAGGAUCCUGGUCAAGCAGAUCCACGAAGCCUACGUCAAGAACUUCAACAUGAACAAGGCAAAAGCUCGGCUCAUACUGACCGGAAAAACCAACAAACCGCCUUUCGUCAUUCACGACAUGGAGACGUUCCAGCUCGCUGAGAGGACGCUGGCGGUCCACUUGGUGACGUUUGAGUGUCCCGACCCCACGGGGGACCCUSAAGCCGGACGGGCGAGUCCAGCUUUGGACGGGGAGGAGCUCCAGCAGAGCGAGGCUGAAGCGCGGCUCUUCCACUGCUGCCAGAGCACCUCCGUGGAGACGGUGACCGAGCUGACGGAGUUCGCCAAGGCCGUGCCGGGCUUCCAGAGCUUGGACCUAAACGAUCAGGUGACGCUCCUGAAGUACGCCGUCUACGAAGCCCUGUUCACCCUGCUGGCCUCGUGCAUGAACAAAGACGGCCUGCUGGUGGCGCGCGGCGGAGGAUUCAUCACCCGAGAGUUCCUCAAAAGCCUCCGGCGGCCGUUCGGCGACAUGAUGGAGCCGAAAUUCCAGUUCGCCACGCGGUUUAACUCCCUGGACCUGGACGACAGCGACCUGGCCCUUUUUGUGGCAGCCAUCAUUUGUUGUGGAGACCGACCAGGUUUGGUGGACGUACCUCUGGUGGAGCGACUGCAGGAAAGCAUCGUUCAGGCUCUCCGCUGCCACCUGCUGGCCAACCACCCAGACGACGCCUUCCUCUUCCCCAGGCUGCUGCAGAAGCUGGCCGACCUGCGCGAACUGGUCACGGAGCACGCCCAGCUGGUCCAGGAGAUCAAGACGACGGAGGACACCUCGCUGCACCCGCUGCUGCAGGAAAUCUACAGAGACAUGUACUGAUUAAAACAGCGACGCUCGCGUCUCGUUUUCAGCUUCCGGGGGUGAAAACAGUUUAGUUUCAGGAUUCAAAGGCAGCUCGUAAUGGCUCCUUCAGAGACGUUAGAUCUUUUAGAGCUUAACCCACAGCCGUGUAAAGAUGUUUUAUAUUAUUUCUGACACGAGCUGCAGCCGUUUGACUCCUGAAUGUCACRCAUUCUAUAAAAACUGAACAGGAUUUCACAAGAGUUUGCACAGCAAUAAAAAAUAUGCCUGUUUUAUGCAAGAAAACUGAACUUGAAAGCCUUUUCUAGAUGUUUUUUGUGCAGGAUAAUUUAUUCAAACUUGCCAAAUCUUCAUGUUUUUCUUCUCUGAGGUUAGAGGUUAAAGAAGCACCUGAAUGAUUCAGUCACGUGCCACAAAUGUGUGCUUCCUGAGCUCCGGUUUCAUGAAAUAAUUUUACAUUUACUGUAAUUUACACUUACUGUGAAUUUCUAUUAAUACUAUAUUAUUGUGUUUGGAAGCCAGACGCAUGACAGCUCACCUUUAAUCAGAUUUUUUUAACCUGUUGUUUGGUCAGUAUUAAUAUUUCUACAGAAAACACUAUUUUUUGUCGAACUGGUUUGUAGUAUUUAAUAAAUAAGAGUCUGAUGAUCGCAGUGAAAGGGAUUUAUGACUCUUCAGAUUGCAACAAAAUAGGAAAUCUGUUGGUUUGUUUUCUGUUAUUAGACUGAAUCAGCAUCCGUGUUGUAAUGAAAUGGUUUAUAUAUUUUCGUAUCAUGUAAAGCACGUAUAAUUGCAUUAAUUGAUAAAAAAAAAAAACAGUUUCAUUUGCUGAACUCACAUAUUAAGUUACUGACAGAAUGAAGACAACUAAGAACUAUUCAUUAAAACACAUUGAAAAGA